AUGGAAAAUAAAACAAUAAAAACCCGCCUCCUCCUAAUCUCAGACACCCACUCCAAACCCCCUCACCUCCCCCCCUCCCCGCACCCCUACCGCCAUCCCCUCCCAAAAGCCAACAUCCUCAUCCACGCAGGCGACCUCACAACAAUCGGCAGCCUCACCGAACACAAAACCACCCUAUCCGUCCUCCAAGCCGCAGACGCAGAACUCAAGCUCGUCAUCGCAGGGAACCACGACAUCACCCUCGACGAGGAAUACUACGCCGCCCUCCCCACAAGCAGUUUCAGAACCCGCGGCGGACGCGAAGAUGUCUCCGCUGUAAAGCAGCUCUAUUGCAGCGAUGAAGCCCACGCUGCGGGGAUACGGUACUUGGACGAGGGAAUGCAUAAUUUUACGCUGAGUACCGGUGCGACGCUGAGCGUGUAUGCCUCGCCGUAUACGCCUGCGUUUUGUGGGUGGGCGUUUGCGUAUCCGCGUGGGAAGGAUAGAUUCAACCCCCCUCCUGCGGAAGCAACUGAGGCAAAUGUGGCAGAUGCAGCAGGAGGGGCAGGCGUAGUCCCCGACUUCCCAGCUGUGGAUAUCAUGAUCACGCAUGGCCCGCCGGCGGGGGUGCUUGAUACUGUGGUUAACGGGGGGAGUGUAGGGUGCGAGGGGCUGUUUGCGGCUGUGAAGCGGGCGCGGCCGCGGAUGCAUGUCUUUGGGCAUAUACAUGAGGGGUAUGGUGCGCUGCGAGGGGAGUGGGGGACGGAUAUGACGUUGGGAGGGACGAGGGUGGUGUGCGAUGAGGACAGGGUGCGCGAGGAGGGAGGGGCGUAUGUGGAUGUUAGCGCCGACUCGGGGCGGCCGCUGCGGUUUGGGGAGGAGACGCUGUUUGUGAAUGCGAGUGUGCUGAAUGAAAGGUAUAGAGCUGUGAAUGCACCGUGGGUGGUGGAUCUGGAUUUACCGGUUGCUUCGUAG